ACGUGUUGGCGUAAGAAUAAUGGAUUCUUCAGCCGCCAAUCAGUGUUCUGGUUUUCGCGUCCGUUAAUACAAAGUGUUUCUGAAAGACUUCGAGGGACAGCGUGGGCUUCAGCGUAGUAAGAGCUGGACGUUGACAGUUUAUGAGAGUUGGCUGACAGUUUCUGAUAGUUUUUGAUAGUCUCUUUUCGUCUUUCCUGGUGACUGAAAGUCUUCUUUGGACAAGUGUUAUCUGGGACUUUUCUGGAAUUUUGGUCAAGUUCAAUGAUGCCUGGGUCAAAGAAGGGAGGAAGCGUUCUGGAAGCAAGCACGAAAGUGAAUAAGGCUGAGUUGAUUGUUAAUUGUAAUGAUAUGUAUGAUGCUCAGCAUCAUGAGUCUGUCGUUCAUGUUUCCCAGUCUACGGAUAUUAGGCCCAAAUUUGAACCUCGGUGUUUCGACGGAAACCCAGCUGACUAUGUACAGUUUGUAAAGGAGUUUGAAAUAAUGUUGAGUAGUUUUUUGUUAAAUGACGAAAUGAAGUUGAUGUAUUUGAUGAGGUACUGCACUGGAGUUGCUUCAAGAGCUAUACAGUGCUGUAAGUUCAUGGCCCCUAACUAAGGAUACUGUGAUACUUUGAGUAUACUGCGUCAAAGAUUCGGAAGACCUUCGAUGAUUGUAAAGAACGUAUUCGAGGCUGUUAAGGGUAGUGGUCUUCAAUUACAAGAUGAGUCCAAGGGACUCUCUGAGUUUUUGGAUAAUCUGAUGACUUUCA